GAGCGGCGCCGGCGGAUCGAUGGCCUGGUGGUGGUGGUGGCAGUGGGCAUAGCCGCGGCUGUAGGUGUAGCAUCGCAUCACGCCUCCCUUCCCUCCCUCCCUCACCCCCCCCCAGCGGGCGUCCCACAGCAACGACGUAUCUACAUCCGCCAAUCCACCAGUCCACCAGCCCGCCAUGCCAUCCACGGCGGGCGUGGCCUGCAACCCCCCCCCCUCGCACCCAGAGUCAGGCCCCUUGCUGGUUGGCGUAUGACCUAG